CAUGGCAUUUCUUAGAAAUCAUGUGACAUUAGCUUAUAAAUAUAGCGGCCUGUUCUUUGAUUCAGUUGUUUUAAGGGUCUCCUGCUACGUCUGCUCUUUCUCUCUAUAAUUUACAACCAUGUCCUACAGUUUGCCCUUUCACCUUUCCUUGAUGUUGUUCCUCAUUCAGCAAAGUGAAGGUCAGGGUUCAUCACUACAAAAGUCAGCUGCAUUUCAAGAAUGUACAAAAACGAAGCAGAUGGCCGUUCUGGAGACCCUGCCGGGUGGAGGAUGGGACAAUCUGCAGAAUGUGGACAUGGGCCGGGUGAUGAACUUCAGCUACUCCACAUGCCAGACCACUGAAGACGGGUUCUACCUGAUACCCGAUGAAGUGUUUGUCAUCCCUCAGAAGCAAACCAAACUGGAUAUGAACACAGAAAUCAUAGAGAACUGGAUGGACCACAAGAGUCCGGUGGCUGAGAAUAUCAACGUGGAUGUUAGUUUCAUAUCUGUGCUCAACGGAAAGUUCUCCAAAGAAAACCAAAGAGUCAAAAGUUUUCAAGUGCAGGACAAGUCAUCUACGACAAGGGUGCAGGUGCAGAAUCUAGUUUACAUUGUGAGGGCAAAUCCCAAUUUCUCGUUUGAUCCUCGCUUCAAGAGGCAGAUCAUGGACAUCGCCGAAGCUUUAGAGGACGGCCAGACAAAAGAAGCCGAUUAUCUCUCAGAAAUGCUCGUUCUAAACUAUGGAACGCACGUCAUUACGAGUGUCAAUGCUGGGGCCAUCCUGCUUCAAGAAGAAUAUGUGCGGUCGAGUUUUAUCACAAGUGAGCGCAAAGAUAUUUUGUCAAUCAAAACUUCAGCUGGAAUCAGUUUCUUUAAUAUGAUCAAUAUUGGAUUUAACGCUGGAGUUAAAGCCGAAGACACGUUAUCCAAGUGGUACACAGGUAACUUAACACAUUCGUUGGUGCAAGCUUACGGCAGCAUCCCCUUUUACCUGGGCAUCACCCUUAAAACUUGGCAGGAAGGCAUCUUCAACAACUUGGUGGCCAUCGACCGCUCUGGUUUGCCCCUUCAUUCCAUUCUUAACAAGGAAACCCUUCCAGAUUUGCCAGCUAUAACCGCUGAGAAGGUUUCCCAAUCUGUCGAGAAGGCCAUUAUGAUGUACUACACUGUUAAUCAACGUCCAGGGUGUCUCAAAAGCGAUUCCACAAACUUCAACUUCCAGGCAAAUGUCGACGACGGGUCCUGUGAUGGAGUGCCGACCAACUUUAGCUUUGGUGGUGUCUAUCAAGUGUGCUCCCCACUCACAAGUGACGCGUAUCAACUCUGCUCUUCACUGGAGCAGAAGAACCCACUCACUGGCAGCUUCUCAUGCCCACCAACGUACAAUGCAGUCAGACUGCGCACCGAGGAGAAGCAAGAAGACUACGGUCAGUACGAGUGUAAAACGAACUGUCAUAGGUGCUGGCUAAUUGCAAAGUGCUGUGAUGAUGAGUGUGGAACUGUCUAUUACACCAGAAGAGCCAGAUUUACGACAUACUGGUGUGCAGCCACCAAUGCAACCACCAAAGCCUCUAAUAGCUUCCUGUUUGGUGGUCUCUACAGUUCAUCCUCAAGUAACUUUAUAACCAGGUCCCAGUCUUGCCCCACUUGCUUUACUUCCUUGAAAAUUUUACACGAUGUUAACGUCUGUGUUAGCGUAGAUAAAGACAGAUGUGCCCAGUAUUCUGUAGUGUUCGGGGGCUUUUUCAGCUGUGAGGCCACCAAUCCGCUGGCUGGUGAGUCUCGCACUACCUGUGCCAACGGCUUCAGCCAAUAUUCAGCCACAAUUAGUGACGGAUGCCAAAUUCUCUACUGCAUGUCUACAGGCUUGUUUAAUGGAGGGCAGUUGCUCCCUAUAAAAGUUCCUCCUUUUAGUAACCCAUACAGAAUUAAUAAUAAUUCCACAAACGAUACCAUGCUGACACCACUAGGCAAGAUGUUGUCAAUCUCAAACAAACAGAGUUUUACAAAAUUUAAUAAUGUUCACACAGAGUACCAAGGUUUGACCAGUGGAGGAGCAGCUGGAGUGGCAAUCGCUGUCGUGGUUUUGCUGGCGGCCAUUAUAACCCUGGCUGUCUUUGGGGUCAAACGCUACCGCAAGAAAGUAUGGAAUGAGGUGCCAAGUAGAAGUUGAAUAAUAGAGAUGAGCAAUACAGCCAAAAAACAAUUAAAAAAAACAUAUUUCCUCAGUGGGCGUCAAUGGGGGAAAACGAAUUUCUAAACCCACCCUCAGGUUAUGGGCCUUGUUAUUGAUGCAUUUGUUUUACCCAUUACGUAUAAUGAUAAUAAAUGUUAACUUACAGUGUAUACUUUUGAACUAAAAGGUACAAUUAGUUUCAAAAGUGGUGAUUGGAAUUAUAAAAUCUUUAAAAAUAGUUAAUAAAUGGUUGUUAUUUUUUUAUUUACUGGAAUUAUAUUAUGGAUUUCAUAUAAAUGUAAUAUUGUUGCUCUCUCAGCACUAAUGGUAUAAUUUGUAGUUCCCUAUAUGUAAACUUUCUUU